AUGACCCUCGCCGUCAGCCGGAUCCGUGCGGUCCGUGAGGACCCGGGGGAGGGCGGUUACCGAGGCCCGCCACCGCCGGAAGGGUGGGUUCCUUGCCUUCCGCCCCAGUUUGGCGACUGCCAUGACGUAGGCGGAAGUGGCGUCGCCGCACCGGAUGUGGGGCGGGGCCUGCCCCAAGAGAGUUUCCUAAAGCGAGGAAACCAAGCCGGGCGCUUCUUGCAAUGGAGACGGUCAUUUCUUCAGAUAGCUCCCCAGCUCUGGAAAAUGAGCAUCCUCAAGGUGAAGAAAGCUUUUUUUGCUUUGGUGACUAACGGUGUACGAGCUGCCCCUUUAUGGGAUAGUAAGAAGCAAAGUUUUGUGGGCAUGCUGACCAUCACUGAUUUCAUCAAUAUCCUGCACCGCUACUAUAAAUCAGCCUUGGUACAGAUCUAUGAGCUAGAAGAACACAAGAUAGAAACUUGGAGAGAGGUGUAUCUCCAGGACUCCUUUAAACCGCUUGUCUGCAUUUCUCCUAAUGCCAGCUUGUUUGAUGCUGUCUCUUCAUUAAUUCGGAACAAGAUCCACAGGCUGCCAGUUAUUGACCCAGAAUCAGGCAAUACUUUGUACAUCCUCACCCACAAGCGCAUUCUGAAGUUCCUCAAAUUGUUUAUCACUGAGUUCCCCAAGCCAGAGUUCAUGUCCAAGUCUCUGGAAGAGCUACAGAUUGGCACCUAUGCCAAUAUUGCUAUGGUUCGCACUACCACCCCCGUCUAUGUGGCUCUGGGGAUUUUUGUACAGCAUCGAGUCUCAGCCCUGCCAGUGGUGGAUGAGAAGGGGCGUGUGGUGGACAUCUACUCCAAGUUUGAUGUUAUCAAUCUGGCAGCAGAAAAGACCUACAACAACCUAGAUGUAUCUGUGACUAAAGCCUUGCAACAUCGAUCACAUUACUUUGAGGGUGUUCUCAAGUGCUACCUGCAUGAGACUCUGGAGACCAUCAUCAACAGGCUAGUGGAAGCAGAGGUUCACCGACUUGUAGUGGUGGAUGAAAAUGAUGUGGUCAAGGGAAUUGUAUCACUGUCUGACAUCCUGCAGGCCCUGGUGCUCACAGGUGGAGAGAAGAAGCCCUGAGCUGGGGGAAGGGGUCACGCAGCACCAGGGGAUAUGCCCAACUCACUGCCUGCUGGAAGCUCUGUGGGAAUCAGAUGAAACUUGAGGGAAUUGUGACUCUGUUCCCUGUUAAGGGUCCCCUGCCCUUCUAUCUGGGAGCUAGGGAAGGUAUGGGGGAGGAAAGAGAAUGGAUUUAUAGCUACCCUUACCCUCACACAUACACUUGAAAAAACUUUCAGCCUAGCCAGUUCUAGCCCCUGUCCUCUUAGAUAUAUCCCCCUUUCUGGGUGAACUAUAGGCUCUGUGCCUCUCAGACAAAUUCUGAUCUCUAAGAGAUCCCCAGACCUCACUUGCCUCUGCCUCCAUCUCGGCCCUGAUUCAACCCUAAGAUAAUAGCACAACAAAAUUCUUCAUUAAGAUAUUUUUAUUCACCUGUUCCAUGCUAUAUGGAGGAGGCCAAGUCCAUUUAGUGACAUUUCUUCCCAUAAUGUGAGUGGGGAGGAUUGUGGGGAGGAGGGGCUUUGGGUUCCUGUGUUUGUGCAUAUGAAGGGAGAUGGGGGUUAGGUGGAGGAGGAGGGCAGCGUGGUUAGCUAAGGUUAUUGCUUUUUGUGGCAAAUCUAAUUAAAUGACAGGAAUCUCUUCAUGA